AUGGCGCUCAAGUUGAAGCUUAAGGUCCCAAGCAAUGGAUCUGGGUCUGGGCUGAACUCCGAGGAGAAGACGCCUGCAUUGCCCAAGUUAAAGAUCAAGCCACCAUCGGUGAAAACAGAAGUUUCAGAGGAGAAACCUAGAAAGAAACACAAGAAGAUCAAGAUCAAUCUAGGAGGCCAGAAGCCAGAUCUCGACAGUAUUAUUCAGCAGACGUCGAAGACCCCACGGUUCAGAAUAAAGCCCACGCGUAUUCCUGGAGAAGGAUACGACUCAGAAGCACCAGACAUUGAGGAUGACCCUUUGAUAGAGCAGGGAAUAAUGGUGCGGUUCAUCAACGACGCAAACUUGGACUUCGUACAUCAAGCAGUGGACUCGGGAGACUUGACGGGUAUUAAUAUCAAAUGGGUGACGCGAGAGAAGGCAGUGGUCAACGUGAACAGGACCUUGUAUUCUGCCAGAUUGAUCGACUUGCCCACGGUCACAGAAAUGUACAAGACGGUGGACAAGAAGAAUAUUUUCAAGACGCUUGAUUUGUGUCAAAUAUUACUUGUAUUGCAUCCUAUAAACCCCACAGAGCUUAACAUGGAAACCGAUUUUGAAGUACCCAAAGAGUAUCUCUACAACCAUCCAUUAUACAAGUUGGCACCCAACUCAGAAGUCAAGCAAAAGAAAUUUGUGUUGCGGGACGGUUUGACAACUCCAUUUGAAGGAGUAUAUAGAAGAUUCAGACCUCGUAAAGCCAGUCACAGAGUGAUGGAAGACAUAGAGCAAAAGGUUGAUGAGCUCAUCAAGUUAGACGAUGAAGCGGAGGAGAGUCACUUCGAGUUGGUCGAUUUGAACAAGUCUCAAAGCAGAUUUGGUAAUAUCAGUGGUACUCCAUCGGCUGUCCCAACUCCUACACCAUCCAGUAUGAAUGAUAUCGAAGAUGAUCAAGAUGAGCAGGAGAUCGACUUCAAUGCGGAAGAUAUCGAGUCACACUUGGAAGAAGAAUUGAACAAGGUUUUGGGACCUGGCGAUGACUACAUCAACGAAACCAUGUUGGAGGGAGAGAUCGCAGAAGUUGGCGAAGGUGGGGAUGAGGAGGAUGACGAUGACGACGACGAUGAUGACGACGACGAUGACGAUGACGAUGACGACGACGAUGACGACGAUUCCAAGGAAGGGAGACAGCAUGUCAAGCUUCUUGAAGAGGAAAUCGCCGAACUCGAGAACGUCGUGGAGUACCAUAGAAAGAACUUGGCUACGGCCACAAGUAAGAUGAUGAGAAUGAAGUUCCAAAACACCUAUACUUCGUUGAAGAGCUCGUUAGACCAAAAGAAGAGAAACUUGGCCAAGCACCUCGACGAACAGGAGCAGUUGCAAAAGAAACUCGAUCCUACCAAGCAUGGGCUUCUGCAACCACAACGGCCUGAUAGUGACGACGACGACGAAGAGGACGACGACGACGAGAAGGCGAAUGUCAAUACCAAUAACGAGGAGGACGAAGAGAACGAGAACGAAGAGAACAUGGACUACAUUGAUGAUCUCUUCUAA